AUGUCGCAAGUCGUCCAGAGUCGGGACAGCCCUCCCAGAAAGCGACAGAAGCCCGGAGCAGCGUGUGAGGAAUGUCGACGGCGGAAGCUCCGUUGUGAUCGUCGUCAGCCGCAGUGUGGCAUGUGCCAGGCUUCGGGCGUCGAUUGUUUAGUGAUCACCGCGCGAUCGCCACGAGGGCCCAAGCCCGCUCUGGAGAACAUCCUACUUCACAAUCAAGGUCAAAGCACGGUGGCUCCUCCAGAGGUGCAGCCGCCAGAGACCCAGUUACUAGAUGAGCAGGUUGAUCUGUCAGCGUGGGAAAUGCCUAUCUUAGGAAGCCAAAUCGUGGAGAAUUCGUACUCGGCGUUGACGGCAGAGAACCUGCCCGGUUCUUUGUUAGGAGAUGUCCCAACGCCAGUGCCUUCCAUAUCCCCACCAGGCCAACUGUCCAGCGCCGGAGACGAGAUGUCCAUCCCAGGUCUAGAUCCUAGUUCAGUGCCGAGAUCAGCAUCGGAGGAUGUCUUUGAGGUCCACCUAUCAAAGUUGAUGCAAGCAGACUUGGAUCAACUGUACUUCGAUCGAGUCCAGAGCUUUAUGCCUAUUCAGCACCAGCGUCGCUACUUCGACUGGCGGCGGCUGCCGUUUAAAACAGAGGCACAGUCUUGCCUACAGCAUGCUACAUGGACCCUCGCCGCCUCGGUCUCCGCGCACUACCAGAGCAUCGGUGGCUCCUUGUAUCAACACGCAAGGCGAAAAUUAGAGGCGCUGGAUUCCCACCCCGCAGCCAUGCCCUCGACAGAGCUCGAGCAGGUGCAAGGAUGGCUCCUACUUGCUGUCUAUGAGCUUAUGGAUGUUGACUUGCGCCGGAGCUGGAUCAGCGCCGGACGAGCAUUUCGGCUGAUUCAGCUGAACUGGCUCAAUAGCCUUGACGGAACGGAUCUCACGUACGGACAGAGAGACUGGAUCGAGUCGGAGCAAAAGCGCCGAACUUUCUGGAUGGCUUACUGUUUGGACCGCUGCGUGAGCAUGCGGACGGGGUCGCCGUUGACCUUCAGUGAACGCGUGGCUAUCCGCCUGCCAGCGCCCGAAGGAAAUUUCCAGAAUGAUCAACCAAUCUUGAUGGGGUUCCUUCCUGAGGCUCUGACAGCCACAGACCCUGCAGCGGUCUCGAGCUUCACCGAAUGCAUUGUCGCUGCGACCAUUGGAGGCCGUGCGCUCUCGCACCGCCACCAACUCCUCGUGCGCGACAUUUACUACGACGUCACGGAAGACUUUCGAAAGCGACAUCAAUGGAUCAACUCGAUCCUGGUGCGGCGCAUGGAGGCGUUCGCGUCGCGGUACCCAGGCGAUAUGCCCCAGGCGGACCCUAUGCUUCUAUUUGUGAAUCUCAUGUGGCGAGCGAUCAUUCUUCAUCUAUAUCAGACUAUGGCCUGUGAGGUUCUCCCGGGCGAGAAUGAGGAUGAACUGUUGCGAGAGUACAAGAAGCAAUCUUUGGCAGCUGCGCAGGAUAUUGUCGACUUAACGAAUCGGCUUUGUAAUCUGAACUCUUUGAAAGACCAUCCACUGACAAUGAUUCCUUUGUCAGUGUGUGUUCAGUUCUUGAUCAUGUUUCAAAAGCCCGGUGAUUCCGACAUGAAGCCGUUGCAGGACCUCACGGAGGCGAUGCGUAGUCUCAAGCGAUUCAACAAUCUAGGUCAGCCAGUUUUGCAGCUUGUGGAGGAGCAGAUGCUAGCCGGAACAUAUUCUUCGCCCCCUUUUUGAUUUGUCUUUCUCAUCAGUCGUUGACAUAUGGAGAACCCCCCGAAACCAG